AUGGAAACAAGCAAUAUUGCACAAAUAUUAUAUGCAACAGUAGAUCCAAAUAUAGAUAUUCGAUCUGAAGCAGAAUCAAAGUUAAAGCAAGCAAAAGAAACGAAUUUUGUUCAGUAUAUAAAUCAAUUAUCUAACGAAUUUUGUAAAGGACAGAAUGAUCCAUACUUAAGGCAAAUUGCAGGGUUAUUAAUAAAAAAUGCAUUUACAGCUAAAGAUAAUUAUGAAAGUGAAGAAAAAGCUAGAUCAUGGGAUAAUUUUCCUGAAGAUAUAAAAAAUGAAUUAAAAAAUUCAUUAUUACUUUUAUUAAGUCAACAAGGGGAAAAAGUAGUUAUCGGUACUGCUUGUCAAAUAAUAUCUAUUAUAACUAAAAUAGAAUUAUCACAUAAUAAAUCGUCCGAAUUAUUACAUAAACUAGUAAAUAAUAUUAUUGAAAAAAAUGCAUAUACAAAAAAAUCCUCAACUGUGUGUUUAGCUUAUUUAACUGAAGAUAUUGCAGAUAUAUGCAAUGAAAGUAAAACAAAAUAUGUGUUUACACAACCAGAUUUAGAUUUAAUAUUAACAGCUAUCAUAAAUUCUCUAUGUGAACCAGCUGAAGAAUCAAUACAUUGCGCAAAUAUGAAAGUAUUAUAUAACUUAAUGUCUUUUAUAGACCAAAAUUUUAAAACUCAAGUAGAAAGAGAUAUAAUAAUGAAAACAGUAAUAGAUGGAUGUAAAGAUAAUGAAAGAGCAACCGUGCAAAUAGCAGCAUAUGAAUGUUUAAUAAAUAUUGUUAGUUAUUUUUAUUCUUACUUAGAUGCAUAUAUGUAUGCUAUAGGACCAUUAACAUGGGUAGCUAUUGAAUCAGACAAUGAACGAAUAGCUAUAAGUGCCAUAGAAUUUUGGAAUACUGUAUGUGAAGAAGAAACAUUUAUAGAUCAAUAUGAACUACAAGAAGGGAAAAAAAAUCAUAAUAUAGUAAAACAAGCAAUGGUAUUUUUAUUGCCAAAAAUAUUUAAUGCAAUGAUAACACAAGAGAGUGAAGAUAUAGAUAUUGAUGCAUGGACUUUAUCCAUGGCUUCAGCUACUUUUCUUUCCUUAAGUGCACAAUUAUUAAAAAAUGAUAUAGUUGAACCAGUUAUAUCUUUCGUAGAAGAAAAUUUUAUACAUGAAGACUGGAGAAGAAGAGAUGCAGCUGUAUUAGCAUAUGGUUCAAUAAUGGAAGGACCAGAUACUGAAAAAUUGAAACCUUUAGUAGAAGAAUCAGUUGGUCAAUUGUCAGAAGUAUUGAGAGAUCCAUCUGUUUCUGUUCGUGAUACUGCUGCUUGGACUAUUGGAAAAAUUACUACAUAUCAUUCUGAAAUAAUUUAUAAUGUGUUAGGUAAUUAUAAUGAUAGCAAUUCCUUGUAUGGGAUAUUAUUAGAAAGAUUAAAUGACUACCCUAGAGUAGCAGCUAAUGUUUGUUGGGUUUUCAAUCAAUUAGCAGUUAAUAAAAGGAGUUCAUAUAAUAAACUAACAAAUAGUUAUGGGACAGCAUUAGAUGAUUCUUUUUGUGUAUUAUGUAAAAAAUUGAUAGAUGUUACAUCAAGGGAAGAUGCAGAUACAAGAAAUUUAAGAGAAGCAGCUUUUAAUGCACUAAAUGUAGUUAUUUUAAAUGUUUCUGAUAAUUGUUUUAAAUUUAUGAUUGAAUUAUUAUCCCAUAUGAUGUAUUUAUUAACAAAUACUUAUCUUAAUGCAUUAACAGAAGAAGUGAAAUCAUUACAAGGGUAUUAUUGUGGUACUAUGCAAUUUAUAAUUAAUCGGUUAGGUAAUCAAUGUAAACCAUUUCUUAAACCAAUAUAUUUGUGUAUAUUUAGAUUAUUUGAAAUUAGAACAGAUAUAUGUGAAGAUGCUUUAUUAGCAUGUAGUGCUAUUAUAAAUGUAAUGGCAGAAGACUUUAGAGAACACCUUAAAACUUUUCUAAAUGUUAUAUUUAAAGGAUUAAGAAAUGUGUCUGAAACAUCGACAUGUAAAAUAUGUAUAGAAAUGAUAUCAGAUAUUUGUAUACCUUGGACAUCUGAAUAUGAAAAAGAGAUGGAAUUAAUUCUAGAAUGUUUAUGGGAUGCAUUAAAAACAAUAGGUGUACAUGAUUCUAUAAAAAUUAGUAUAUUAACAGUGUUAGGAGAUAUUGCUACAGCACUGAAUAGAAAUUUCUCUAGGUAUCUAAAUUUUUUUGCUAACAUAUUAUCAGAAACAUCAAAGAUUACUAUAAGUUCUGGACCACCAGAAAAUGAUGAUUGGAUUAAUUAUGUUUUCGAGUUAAGAGAUGCUAUCUUACUAACUUACAGUAAUAUUAUUUAUGCACUAAUUGAUGGUAAUGAAGUAGUAAAACUCAAGGUAUAUAUACCUAAUAUUUUAGACCUAAUUGAAUUAAUUCUAAUAAAAGAGAUAAAUCAUUUUAAUGCACAAAAUUUCCAGAAUGCCGUAUCUCUUUUGGGGGAUCUGGUGCAUGCGUAUGGGUAUGAAUUAAUUGAAAAUUCUAAACUAACUGAUUUAAUUAUAUCUGUUUAUGGGAAAAUUGAUAUCUUGUCUAGCCAAGGAGAUGAAAAAUGUGAAUCUUGUGUUUCCAAAAUUAAGUGGCUCAAGAGCAUAUGCAAUGCGAGGUUGGGCCAAAAAUGA